UUCGUGCAAAUUUGAAGAAUAAUAAAGUGAUUAUAGCAUAAUAUUAUGCAAAUGAUAUUAAUAUUUUCCCAAUGCCAUGUUUUUCUAAUGGGAACCAAGGUUCCCAUCCAAAGUACAUUGUGACAGUAUGAUAAUAAAAAUGACUCCGGUUCUGACAAAUUUUAUUUCAUCCAACAGCCUUUUCACACCAGUGGAUAUUUUCCCUGAGACUCAGUUUGGGGUAGACGGCUAUAGAAAUGAAAACCUACAGAUCUCAGAUGCGACGUACAAAAGCAAAGUGAUUGCCGAGGGAAGCAAUGGGAAAACUCUCCGAAUUGGCAAGGCUAAAUACUCAAUCAUUGGACAAACGACUGAAACAGCCGUUUGCAAAAUGUUAUUGAAUGAUGAUGAUUAUGAUAUACCAUUACUCUACACCGAUCAGUACCUACCUGAAUGCUCAAUUUUCAAGCCCAAAACAAAAGACUAUGAUAAGACGUAUUAUGGUAAAGGAGAUCCUUUGGGCAAAGUCAACAACAGGUGCUUCUCCAUAGUCAACCAGGAACUGUGGGAUUGCUCUUAUGAAACUACGGAGGUAACCAAGGGAGUAAGUAAGAAGGUGAAUAAAUCAUUUCAAAGGCGAGUGACUGAGAUGGUGGGUGCGAUACCUGUGGAAAAAGUGGAAUAUUUUGGAGCAGUCAGCAUUUGGAAGUAUCGAUUGGAUAGCAAAUCUUCCAGUGUUAGAAUAAAGGAGAUCUAUUACCAUGCAAAUAAUAUUUAUGAUCAGGUUGUAUUUGCUGGCACAGUUAAACUGAAAGAACCAUCGGGUCCUAGCCCCGUCGUUAAACAGGAACCAGCAUAUCUAUAUAAGUAUAAUUCGACUGUUAUAUCAGAAUUGCCGAAAUUGUUGGAUGGAUCUCCCGUACCUCCACUGAAAGAACGACUCAAGCCGCGAUCACGAGGGGGUGGGGGCUGUAGCGGGGGUGGCUAUAGUAGUAGUGGGGGUGGAUAUAGCUCCAGUGGAUUGGACUGGCUUUGUCUUGGAGCUCUGAUUUAAUAAGAUAAGAUGAGAUGAGAUAUCAAUUUAUUUAACACAGUAUAUCAUACAUCAUAAUACAAUAAACAGUUGAAAAUCUUCAGUAGAAAAUAUAAUAUCGAAUAAGUUAUUGAAGGAACCUCACAUCAAGUUCUAGUUCUUCUAGAUUCUAAUUUUAAAACUGGAUUCUCUUUUUCUAAAACAUUCUAGUUCCAGUUAUUUUGGAU